AUGGUGCGAGGGGUGGUGGGGUUGUUGUUGGUGGUGAUGGCGGGGGUGGGGGUGGGUGAGGAGGUCGAGCGAGCCAGGAUCAUGCCUCAAACGCAGGAGGGGGUCGAUCAUCUCGUCCUGAUGGCCAAUCGUGUGACCCUGGUCAGCGAUCGCCUGGCUUUUUGGGUUGAUGGACGAUUCUGGAGCAUGGCGGGUCUCGAGGAUGCAAUCGGUGUACAGCGCGAACGCGUUUUUCUGGGCCGCCUGCCGAUGCUGUCAACGUGGGGCCCAACGGAAGAGGUGCCCGGCGUGCCUCGGGUUCAGCAGCACGCAAACGGAGAGCUGCAAGUACAGGCGCCCGAGAUCGUGCUUUGCGAUCCCUUGUCAGUGGGCACAGGCAGCGUCUUGGCAGACUUGGUUCGCUGGGUGACCGAGGUGGACUCGGCUGACUUGCCUGUGAUUAAUCUUACCGAGACCUCUCUCUGGGCCGAGGCCUGCCGACUCGAUCAGUCGGCGCGGCGCCCCCAGAUCCGUCGUCGCGACAAUAUCUUGCUGUUGUCCGCCCCUGGUGGCCUGCAGAUCACAGGCGAGCUCGAGGUGCAAGGCGUGGAAGAACUUGCCAUCGCAGCCGAGAUGAAUUGGCUUAGGGUACAGAAUCGCCCCUUCUGCCCGCGCCAAUGCGAGGACAACGCUGCGGCGUGUCGCACCAAUGCGUAUGUUUAUCUGGAUGACUUUGUCUGCAACUCGAAGCACGAUGGCGGGGGUUGGAUGUUAGCGGCUGCAUCAGUGAGUGACGGUCUCAAUACUUGGACGUGGAAUCGGCGCACCCUGCUCAGUGAGCGUGGACCAAACAUCGGUGCACCCAGCACGGUUGGCACGACCGAUUUUCGCUCCGCUUACGUCUUGGAGGACGUGAAUUUUCGCGAUCUGUUCUUCUUGCACGAGCCCUCAGGCCACUGGGCUAGUUACCACGACGUAGGAGAUUACGGCCAGUCUUUAAUGAGCUACUUUGCAUCAGUGGUCCCGGCAUGCUUUGGUCCAAGCUUUCCCAUGGCCACAGGCACCCUUGUCGACAAAAAUCAAAAUUCCAGUUCACGACUCUGCGACACGCGACUCUACAUCCACCCCCAGGACAAGGAUGGCAACGUGGGAUACUGUCCUCGCAGUGCAGCGGAUGACACCUAUGGCCCCGCCUGGAGUGGAGCCAGUUCAAUUUACAGCAGCGGAUGUCCGAUGGAUGAUCCAGGCUACUUUUCCAUGGGCGCCGACUAUCGCAAAGGCCACGUGGAGCGGAAUGGUCGAGGCUUUGCGCAUGGCAUGAAUGUGAACGAAGCCCCCUUAUCGCGGCUGUUGAUGUUUGUGAGGUAG